AUGACCCUCAAGGUCAUUGAGUCCAACCAUAACCCAACCCAUGUCCUGAGAACCUCAUCUCCGUUGAAGUGCAGCGAGCUGCAAACAAUCAAAACGGAGCUGACACAAAUCAAAUCCAACAUUGAUGCUCUCCUGGGCCGACUGGAGCAGAUCGCUGAAGAACAGAAGUUGUCCACAGAGGUACGGAAGAAGGCGGACGGCAGCAAAAGCGAAAUCUCGCAGGAAGACACAGCAUCAGAGGCCGAGGUCACCACGGAGGAGCCGCUGAAUGGGGACAAGGGGGAGGAAGAUGGUCUCGCAUGGGAUGAGUGUGGAGAUGAACUGGAGAACAGCCAUUACACAGACGUGGAGGACGCCAGACUACAGUAAUCAGAGCAGCAGUGAGUAACCGCGUGAGGAAAGCACGAGGCUAAACCCUGUCCUGACCCUGUGAGCAAGACAAGCUGAAUCAAAGUGCUGCUGUCAUCUCUGCCUGGCAUUCAAAAGGAGAAACCCGGCCCGACAUCUUCCACCCAUCUGUAAAGCAAAGACAAAAGUCAUCAUCCCAGUGAAUCCCCACUACCCUGUGCGAUGGAUUUGGAGCUCUGCAGCAGCGGAGGCAGGAACCGAACCCUGCACAACCCAUAACCACCACCGACUGGAUAACAAGAGAGUGGUUGUGUCACCAAAUGAGUCAGACAUGUUACAGAGCUUUUUGUAGGAGAGGAGGGAGAAAAAAGCCUGACCUGAUAAAGACGUUCUUUCCUGUGCUGGGUGAGAGCCAGAGCAUUUGCUGACUGGAGGAAAAGUACUGUCUCAGUUUGGACAAUUUGUGUUCUCACGCUAAAGGUCGUGUUGAGGCUGUGGGGUGAGCUCUUCUCCCAGAACAGUCACCUCCUGUCGUGUCUCUUUUGCCCCAUGAGCUGCCGCAGGUACCCGGUUGCGUCCAGGCGGGAAGGAGUCGGUGCUGGCGCGUGUGCUGUGCUCUUUGCAGCUGCUUGGAGAGAGGGAAGGGGACAGGAGGCUGCCUGCAGGCAAGCAAGUGAUCCCGAGCAGGAGGAGCAAAGCAUACGUCAUCUUCAUUGGUUUGGGCUCCUCCUUCUCCGUUGGGAAACCACUACGUAAAGGCUGAGCAACUCUCUGCAGAGUGAGGGCGUGCAGGCACGUGUGGAUUAGACCCUUUUCUUGGCCCAGCUGCUCCCUGGAAGGGAUGUGAUCCACUCGCUUCUCCAGCCCCGUGCCAGGGACAUCCGCCCCUUCCCCAGGGCGCCAGCAUCUCCCCGUGCCACAGCCUCGCUGGGUCUUCACACCGACCUGGCCCCCCGGGAGAGCGGCACGACAGCUCCUGCUCCUGCAUGCCCAGCCUGACUGGUAACGGUGAACACCCUGAGCACGAUGCAUGCGGGCGUGCAAGCGCCUCCCCUUCCUGCCCAAAUUCCGGCUGCUUUUGACCCGUGCCAUGUCCUGCGAGCAGAGGGCAGCAGCCAGCAUGCCACUUGACGUGGGAACCCCCUUACACCACAACACCCAGGAAGGCUCUUGGCCUUUUCUCUUCUUGUUCCUUCCUCCUUCAUGGGUUUAUGCGUUUUUUCGGAGUUCAGGGGUGGGUGGGACUGAGACUCAUGUAGCACUUUAUUCAGAUCACGUGUGUCCUGCCCAUCUCCUCUCUUCCUCUUCAAACACACACAUCAGUGCUUUGAAUCCGCAAGUGUCCAGACCUCCUCGGUCAAACUCUCCCACAAACCGUGUGCCCCCCCCAGGUCUAUAGGGUGCUCUGAAAGGGGACUCCUGCUUUCUGCUCCAGCACUCAAAGCCAGACCUUGUCUACGGCAUCACUCUUUGAGGGGUGGAGGGGAAGACAGGUCCCAGGGCAACGCUUGCCUCCCUGAGGGCCGUCCUGGAGCAGGCAUGGCUCUUGAAGCACAAGGUUUUAUUUGCAUUUCUUAGUUUCAAAUAAUUCAUGAGGGAUUAAAGGGAUAACCGUGCUUUCCCCUCCCUUUUUCCGGUUCCUAUACAACUGAUCCAUUGUGUUGUACUGAGCCUCUGUAGAGCUGUUUUCUAGGCUUUGAGAGAUGAGCUGCAGUUUUUGCUAUAAACAGACUGUGAUGCUGAUGUUUGGGAGAAAGGUGACCUUGUACAUACAAUCCUGUAUAAUAAAAGAAAGAAAUCUAA